UUUUUCUUUCUUUCUUGGGCAGGGGAAAGUGAAGUGAAGAAAGAAUAAAAUUCCUUUAAAAUGAUGAAGGAAGAAGAAUCUUCAAGAACAGCAUCGUCAUCAGCAACAACAGAUUGCAAGCUUUUAUCUCCCUCCAACCUUCCACAACUCUUUGAUUCAGUCGAUGCUUUUCUUUUCGAUUGUGAUGGCGUGAUAUGGAAAGGAGAUACACUCAUUGAUGGUGUUCCACACACUUUGGAUAUGCUUAGGUCCAAGGGGAAGAAGCUAGUUUUUGUGACUAACAAUUCAUCAAAGUCAAGAAGACAGAAUGCGCUGAAGUUCCAGUCACUUGGAAUCUCGGUUACUGAGGAAGAGAUAUUUUCUUCAUCAUUUGCAGCAGCUAUGUACUUGAAGAUCAAUGGAUUUCCUCCAGAGAAGAAGGUGUAUGUAAUAGGUGGUGAAGGUAUAUUAGAAGAGCUGAAACUUGCUGGUUUUACUGGCCUUGGUGGUCCUGAAGAUGGGAAAAAGACUGUGGAGCUAAAAUCAAACACUCUCUUCGAGCACGAUAAGAGUGUUGGAGCGGUUGUUGUUGGAAUUGACCCGUAUAUAAAUUACUACAAACUACAGUAUGGAACUCUUUGCAUUCGUGAGAAUCCAGGAUGCAUUUUCAUUGCUACAAACCGUGAUGCAACUGGCAAUAUGACUGAUCUGCAAGAAUGGCCUGGGGCCGGGUGUAUGGUUGCUGCAGUUUGUGGUUCAACACAGAAAGAGCCUAUUGUAGUUGGAAAACCGUCAACCUUUUUGAUGGACUUUUUACAGAAGAAAUACGACAUUCCUACGAGUAAAAUGUGCAUGGUGGGUGACAGAUUAGACACUGACAUUUUGUUUGGGCAAAAUGCUGAAUGCAAAACGCUACUUGUUCUUUCGGGUGUGACAAACCAGUCAACACUCCAAGACCCUUCGAAUCAUAUCCAACCAGAUUUUUACACAAACCAGAUUUCCGACAUUUUUGAUCUAUUGAAUUCAUGAACCAAGGCAUCAGAUUGUGUUUAUCAUUGAAGAAUUACAAUCAGAAAUAAUGCAACAGGGUUCAACAAACUAUUGUACCAUGUAUGUUCUCUCAAUAUUAGCCAUCUCUGGCUGGCAUUGGCUUCUUUAAAGCCUCAUUUAAACUUUGAUCACACACUUUGAUUAUUCUAAUUUAUAUUAACACAUGGUAUGUGGUUUUUAUGUAAGAAAGAUUGAACUUU